UGUGGUGGGUGGCUGCGGCGCACCACUGCCUGCCGGAUCAGGUGACCUGUUGCUGCGCCCCACGAGUGGGUCCACAGUUGGACGCCGAGGGAGACCAGUUGAGAGACCAGUUGAGAGACCAGUUGAGAGACCAGUUGCAGUCACUGCAGCUGCUCCAGACUCUGCUCGCCGGUACUGAACUGCCAGUAGCUGGCGAGAGUGCGAACGUCAUCCGCGUGUUGUGAAAUUUUCCCAGAAAAAGAGUGACCGUCAAGUGUUCUUUGACUCAGAACAGUCCACCCAGUGUGUGCGCCGCUGACCGAGUCGGCUGCCUAGGGUGUUUUGCUCGCCCCAGUCCCUCAGUCACCUGGCCGGGGAACCCGUGUGACCCUGAGCCGGCCAGUGCGCGGCGAUCGGGCCCAGUAAUUGGCGCCGGUGGUUUUUGUUCCGCUCCGCCGCCGUGAUAGAGCGACAGUAAACAAGCGGCCACGCCGAACCGGCGGCCGAGCCGAGCUGCCGAGGUGCAGCCAGAGAAGAAGAAACAAUGAUUCUGCGGGACCCGGAGCUGGAGCCGCCGCCGCAGAAGAGCACCGGCAUGGAGCCCCCGCAGAGACCCAAGCCGGACGACUGGGACACCCGGAAGAUCAAUACGUUCUCGACAUUCCACGGCAGCUCCAACUCGCACCUGGCCGGCCUGGCGGUGGGACGCGGGCGGCACGCCCACUCGCGGUCCCUGGUGCUCGACACGCCGCUGCCGGCCCCGGCGCGGCCCAGUCACGGCCACUCCAGGUCCCUGGUCGUCGACAUGCCUGUGCGCAUCAUCCACGGCCACUCCCGCUCGCUGGUGGAGAUCUGCCCGGACACCCCGAUCAGCAGCGGCUCCGGCGGCUCCGCGGACUCCGGCGGCGGCUCCGGCGGCUCCGGCGGCGGCUCCACUGAGGGGCGGGCGUCCGAGCGCACCCCGCGCCCGCUCUCCCGCUCCUCCGCCCGGCUGAGCGGAAAGGACGCGCCGCUGCGGCCGCUGUCCCGCUCCUCGGGUAGCGGCAUCACCAUCAGCUGCGGCGGCGGGGGCGAGGACUCCGCGCCGCCGCCGCCGCCCAGACCUGUGUCCAGCUUGUCUGGGACCCCGCCGCCGCUUCCCAGACCUGUGUCCAGCUCGUCUGGGACCCCGCCGCCGCUUCCCAGACCUGUGUCCAGUUCGUCUGGGACGCCGCCGCCGCUUCCUAGACCCGUGUCCAGUUCGUCUGGGACGCCGCCGCCGCUUCCUAGACCCGUGUCCAGUUCGUCUGGGACGCCGCCGCCGCGUCCCAGGUCGCUGAGCCGCUCCUCGGGAGCGCCGAGUGAUGUCACGGACACAGGGAGUGCCACGGGAGGCUCAGAGAGUGCCGCGGGAAGUUCGGAGAGUGCCUCGGGAGGACACGAGAGUGCCGCGGGAGGGCUGGAUAGUGCCGCGGGAGGACCGGAGAGUGUCGCGGGAGGAGGCUCGGACAGUGCCGUGGGAGGUUCGGAGAGUGCCAGGGAAGGUUCAGAGAGUGCUGCAGGAGGGUCAAAGAAAGCCGAAGGAGGCUCGGAGGAUGUCAGAAGGGUUUCCGGUGCUGGCCUGACCAGUGCGGCUGCUCCGAGGCCCAUGUCGCGCACCUCCAUCACAAUUAUCAGCGGCGAGAGCUCUGAGACCGUUCACCAGAACGCUGCUUCUGCUCCUGAUGUUGUGAGAAAAAGUGACGCCGGUGACGGUCAGGGUGCCAGUGACUGCGGCUCGGCGAGCGAUACCGGCCCGGGCAGCGUCAGUGACGGCGGCACGCCCUCGCUGCGCGCCCUCUCCACAGCCUCCAGCGGAGGGUCACCCAGCCCGGCGCCCCUGUCUCCCCCGCGAGACAAGCCCACGCCGGCCUCGCGCACCCUGCUGGGGGCCGCGCUGUCACCGGCCACGCCAAUUUCUGCUACAAACGGCGGCCGACCGCAGUAUAAAAUCCGCGACGUGCGUGUGACGAUGGGCGCCGACUCGCGACGGUUCGGCUUCUCCGUGAUCGGCGGCGCCGACGAGGGCAUCCGUCCCAAAAUCGACGACGUCGCAGAGGGCUCGCCGGCCGACAAGGCUGACCUGGAGGUGGGCGACGAGAUCCUGGAGGUCAACGGCAGGUCACUGGAGAACGCCACGCACACCGAGGUCAUAUCGCACAUACACCAGUGUAUACGCUCAAGGACAAUCUGUUUACGAGUGAAGCGGAAAGCGGGCAAUAAACUCGCGCUGGACCUCGCGCAGAGCAGUAACGUCCAGGAUGCGUUCGUCAUUGCCGUGGAGCAGCAGGCUCGGGAGCGGCUCGAGAAGCUCUCGGCGCUGCGCAAGAUCAAGCCGGUGGAUAUGACCCGCCUCUCUCAGCAGCUGUCCGACACAGAAAAGGUCCAGGAGAGCAGCCAGCUGAACGGCAUUAUCGAGUCGAACUCCGUGUACGUGACCUCGGUACCGGCACUGAGCCGGGGCAGAGGCGGCGGCGAGGCAGACGGUCCGGUCCGACACCCUUCCGGCGGCGGCGGCGGCGGCGGCGACAGCGCGGCACACGACUCGCUGGACGCCUCGGGCGAGCAGCUCGAGCUGAACCAGCUCCUAGGGAAGAACCGGGCGCCAGCACCCGCCGGCGAGCAGGCAACGCGCUCCCAGCGCGGAUCCCGCCGCGAGACGGGCGAGAAACGCGAGCAGCGCGAGCGACGUGAGAUCAGCGAGGAACGCGAAAAGCGCGAACGACGCGACAGAAGCGAGGAGCGUGAAAAACGCGAACGUCGCGAGAAAAGCGAGGAACGCGAAAAAACGCGAACGCCGCGAGAAAAGCGAGGAACGCGAUAA